AUGGGAAGUACUAUAGCAUUGCUGUUGUUGUUAGCAUAUGCUGCCAAUGCCCAACCUGGUGUCUUUGAUAUCAGAAAGUACGGUGGCAAGUCGAAUGGAGAUAUCACCCAGGCUGUGAUAAAAGCUUGGCAAGGAGCCUGCCAAACAGCGGGAAGGAGCAAAGUAGUGAUUCCAAAAGGGAUAUACAGAAUGGGGGCUGUAACAUUUAGUGGACCGUGUAAGGGUAGGAUCGAGUUUCAGAUUCAAGGAACCGUACAAGCCCCAGGCGGUCGCGGUUACUUCAAGUCGGGAAGUUGGGUCACUUUUUUACGCAUUGACGGCUUCACUUUGUCUGGCGGUGGAACUUUUGAUGGUAAAGGCAAAAGCGUAUGGGGAACGAAAUCGUGUUCCGGUAUUAAAUACUGCGGUGACCUUCCCAUCGUAAGUACUACGUAG